AUGGGUGCACUCAAUAAAGUGAUCGCGGUGUCCAAGCUGAAGGAAUUUGAAGCUCGCAAGCAGAGACAUGACACUGCGCAAACAUACGUCGACGAAGGGAAGCUUUAUCGAGCCGUCAAAUUGUUCAGAGAGAACCUCAGCUGGAGCCUUGCCAACUUUGAACAGGAUCAUGCGACGACCGUCUAUGAUCAAGAAACGUUGGCCUUCGCCGUGAGUGAGUUGGGUCAUCUCAAUGAAACGAAGAAUCGCGCGGUACAUGACAAGGAAGCGAAGAAGAAAAUCCAGGCUUUGUACGAAGAAGCACGAGAUCUGGAUCAGAAAGCUCUUGAGACACGGACUCGAGUCGAAGGAACCUCUCCUCCAUCCAAGGACCUCCUCGAAACUCAACGCAACUUGGCCAACGAUUAUGUAAGUCUAGAAGAUUACAAGAAAGCUGCUGAGCUUUUCCUGAAGAAUUUUGAGGCUCGGAGAGUCCAUCCAGAGCUCGGAGAAGAUGACGAUAUGACGCUACGUACUGGUCAUGAUCUUGCUGGAUGCUGGCAUAGGCAGGGCAAUUAUCAAAAAGCCAAAGCGCUCAAUACAAAGAUCCUGGAGGCUCGCAUUCGCUUACAGAAGCCCGAG